AGAGGUGUGACUGAGUGUGGACACACACAGACAGACAGAGAGACUCACAGCCAUAUCACCAGAGAGGAGAACACACACGUUUUUUUGUGUGCGUAAAGCGAGAAGGGUUUCUUUUUUUAAAUUAGAGUUAGGAUUUUUUUUUUCUCGGUAAGACUAUCUCUCACUUGUCAUAAAUGUCAUAUUUCCAACUGUGCUGAUGUUCUUUUCUCGUGAAGGAAGAAGUCACCAGAGCGCACGGACUACAAUGCAAAGGAUUUUGGAGAUUUGGCUCACCUUAGUGACACUCUGCGCCCUGACCGACAAGGUCUUUGGGGGCUACGGGUUGAGCAUGUUUGCUGCUCAGUCUUCCCCUCCAGACCCGUGCUACGACGAGAACGGGAACCCCCGAAGGUGCAUCCCCGACUUUGUCAACUCAGCCUUCGGCAAGGAUGUGCGAGUGUCCAGCACGUGUGGCUCCCCACCAGCCAGAUACUGCGUGGUGUCCGAAAAGGGAGACGACAGGACGCGGGACUGCCACACCUGCGACGCGGGGGACCCCAAAAAGUGUCACCCGUCCGCUUAUUUGACUGACCUGAACAACCCGCACAAUCUCACCUGCUGGCAGUCGGAGAACUAUGCGCAGUAUCCCCAAAAUGUCACCCUUACCUUGUCCCUGGGUAAGAAAUUCGAGGUCACCUACGUGAGCCUGCAAUUUUGCUCACCCAGACCAGAAUCCAUGGCCAUCUACAAGUCCAUGGACUACGGCAAGUCCUGGGUGCCGUUCCAGUACUACUCGACCCAGUGCAAGAAGAUGUACAACCGGCAGAACAAGGCGGUGAUCACCAAGCAGAACGAGCAGGAGGCCAUCUGCACGGACUCCCACACGGACAUGCACCCACUGACUGGGGGUCUCAUCGCCUUCAGCACCCUGGACGGAAGACCCUCGGCGCACGAUUUUGACAACUCGCCCGUGCUCCAGGACUGGGUGACCGCCACCGACAUUAAAGUGAUCUUCAGCCGGUUGCACACCUUCGGGGACGAGAACGAGGAUGACUCGGAGUUGGCCCGAGACUCGUACUAUUACGCCGUGUCGGACCUGCAGGUGGGCGGACGGUGCAAGUGCAACGGCCACGCGUCCAAGUGCGUCAAGGACAGAGAAGGUCAUCUGGUGUGCGAGUGCAAGCAUAACACAGCGGGACCCGAGUGCGACAGGUGCAAACCUUUCCACUACGACCGACCCUGGCAACGCGCCACCGCGAGAGAAGCCAACGAAUGUGUCGCCUGCCACUGCAACCUCCACGCUCGUCGCUGCCGCUUCAACAUGGAGCUGUACAAGCUGUCAGGCCGCAGGAGCGGCGGGGUGUGCCUCAACUGUCGUCACAACACGGCGGGCCGUCAUUGCCACUACUGCAAGGAAGGUUUCUACAGAGACAUGACCAAAUCCAUCUCACAUCGGAGAGCUUGCAAAGCAUGCGACUGCCAUCCAGUUGGAGCUGCAGGGAAGACGUGUAACCAGACGACAGGGCAAUGCCCUUGCAAGGACGGAGUUGCGGGAAUCACCUGUAAUCGAUGCGCCAAGGGAUACCAGCAGAGUCGCUCUCCCAUCGCCCCCUGCAUCAAGAUUCCAGUUGCAUCCCCUACAGCCACUUACAGCGGCUACGAGGAGACAUCAGAUUGCGAAUCCCACUGUAAAGCUUCCAAAGGGAAAAUGAAGAUCACCAUGAAGAAAUACUGUAAAAAAGACUACGCUGUUCAGGUCCACGUUCUCAAAGGAGAUAAAGCAGGCGAGUGGUGGAAGUUCACCGUCAACAUCAUAUCGGUCUACAAACAAGGGGAGCACCGCAUCCGUCGCGGGGAUCAGCUGCUGUGGGUGCGUGCCAAAGACGUGGCCUGCAAAUGUCCCAAGAUCAAACCCGGCAGGAAGUACCUGCUCAUGGGUUCGGACGAUGACGACUCCCCCGGGCAGAGCGGGGUGGUGGCGGACAAGGGGAGCCUGCUCAUCCCUUGGAAGGACCUGUGGGGACGCCGCCUUCGGAAGUUCCAGCAGCGCGACAAGAGGGGAAAGUGCUAGAGGGCAAAAAAAAAAAAAAAGAGGGAGAAGUGGAGGGAGAUCUCCAAUGUGAUGCAAGGAGGAAGGGAGGACAUACAAAACUGGAAUCAUGAUUCCGAGAAAGAUCCAGGUGAAAAGUAAGAGUGACUGAGUGCUGCUGCUCUGAGUUGGGACAAAAGAUUUAAAAAAAAAAAAAGGGUUUGUGAAGGAGCUCAUUAUCAUUCUGUUUCUGUUUGUCUGUUUGCAGAGUUUGCACCUCAUUUUUAUCACAAUACAUCAAAAUCCCCUAUUUUUUUUUUUUUUUUAGUAAAUGCCUUAAAUUGAUAUGAAUUAAUUUGACCAUUACUAUAAAAAUAAGACGUUUCUUAAGUGAAUUUUAGUCAGCUCCUCAAAUGCAAACGUUAGCCACAGAUGCUAUCAACUCAUAGUUGUCGUCACGGUGACCUCGGCAGUGUAAAGUAAUUUUAUGCGCAUAUGUAAACACUAGAUAGAUGAUGUCAUAGCGUCAACUAGAAUAGACAUGUCAACCCUGCACUUACUUUGAUUAGUUGACUAUUUUACAACAUAUGAGAUAUGUUCACAUGUUUUCAAAUGGCAUCCAAAAGGGUUAACUCUAUUGUGCCAUUUGAUGCAAACAAAUAUAUAUAUCUGUAUAGUUACAUAUAUGUGAUAUUAACUGUUGGAAAGUGCCACUUGUACAGAUAAUAAUGUUUCUUUCCCGAAUGGAUCCUUAAUGAAUGUACGCAAAUUCCUUUUUUUGAAUGAGAACAUUUUACUUUAUUAAUACCUAACUUGUUUAUUUUUUUUGUUUUAUGCUGUCGGUAUAAUCACACAUUACAGUAACAAGAUGGUGAAGUUUUAAAUUAUGAGCAAUAAAAGUCCCCCAGAUCUGUAUGACUGUAUAUAUUCUAUUUGUUUUAAUUUUGUUUGCUUAGUGACUGCACCGCCACACUAUAAAAGAUUUUGCUGUGGAAAUCAAAUACACAUUGGUAUGCUGAAAACUGGAUUUAUGACAAAAAUACAAUGAUGCCUCGAGAUACAAGAAUAACUCAUAAUCUUUCCUCGGUGAAAAUCAAAGGGCACAAUUAAUUUGUUCCAGACUGCCA